AUGGCGUCUACCCAGCAGAUUGCGGAGCUGAGCCGCAAGAUUUUCCAGCGUCUACCGCAGCGCAACAUCCCGUCGGGCAACAAGGUUAUCAGCAAGCAGCUUAAGGGCGACAAGGUGGCCUCAUGGUUCAACAAGCCGCUGCUACUGCGUCUCGGCGGCGACGACCCCAACUUUGAGAUUCUGAACGAGGAGCGUCUGGGCAAGCUCGACCAGAUGAAGCGACGGGGUAAGUCCAUCCCCAAGAAGGGAGCAGGCAAGCGUUCGAAGAAACUGCACAGCGCAUUCUUCAAAAGCAGCUUUAGGUACAGCAAGGACACCAAGGACAUCUACAACAAUGGGAGCCAACGGACAGGCAGUGCAGACGAUGAACAAGAAGAAGGUGAAGCUUCUCAACAAGAAACGCGCCGAGAUCCGCAACCAGAAGAAGGUGGCGGUGCUUCAGAAGGGCAAGCGCACAGUGCUGCGCAAACACCGGCCAUCCAAGAAGAAGCAGCAGAAGGACGCCAAGCGCCAUCGCAUUUACGUGGAGGCCGAGAAGGCUAA